AUGGCCCCACGCAGGAAGCUAUUGUAUUUUGUCCUUGUCUUUUUCUUCAUGUUGGCUCAAUGUCCAUCAGGGUACCGGGCAGGACUCGAAUAUUCCCAGCCCUUCCCAGGAGGUGAGUUUGCUGCUUGUGAGUCAUGCAGGCUGGGCCGGGGCAAGUGCAGACGGAUGUGCAUGGAGGACGAGAAGGUGGUUGGCACCUGCAAGCUGAACUUCUUCUGCUGCCGCGGGAGGAUCUACUGA